ACACACUCCCACCGGAAGUGAAACCGCUGUAUUGACGCUCGCUGCUCGCCUUGUUUAUGUUUCUCGAGAUGAACGCUGGUCGAAUUGACCUAGAUUUGUUGAUUUCUCAUUAAGUAACUAUUACUCGGAGCGUGUUAAUGGGUUACUGAGGUGUUUAGAGUGUGUUUGUGUCGGACAGCAGGCGUUAACACGAGUGUUUCAGGGUCUGUCGGACUCUUGGCCUGAGCUCAGACACACUCGAUUAUUUCACAUUUCACGCAUUUAUUCUGUUAUUUCUCUAGUGUUCAGUGUGUUUAUUUAUACUUGUGUAGUAAAUCAUGGCGGUAGUCAACGAAGGAGCUCUUAAAAAGAUGCUGAAGCAAUACAAAUACAGAGAUCUCACGGUCCGGGAGAUAACAAACGUCAUCUCUCAGUACAAAGACCUCAAGCCUGUCAUGGAUGCGUACGUGUUUAAUGACGGAUCGUCCAGAGACUUAAUGAGUCUCACAGGAACUGUUCCAGUCAGUUAUAGAGGGAAUGUGUAUAAUAUUCCUGUGUGCUUGUGGCUGCUGGAUACGUAUCCCUACAAUCCUCCUAUAUGUUUUGUGAAGCCCACCAGUGCGAUGAUGAUCAAGACCGGCAAACACAUCGACGCCAACGGCAAGAUCUACCUGCCCUACCUGCACGAGUGGAAACAUCCUCAGUCGGAUCUGUACGGGCUCAUCCAGGUCAUGAUUGUGGUGUUUGGGGAGGAGCCGCCUGUUUUCUCCAGACCCACCACACAACCUCCUUACCAGGCCUUCCAAGCGGCCGGACCCCCGAACCAGUCCUAUAUGCCAGGAAUGCCAGCAGUAUCUCCCUACGGGCCAAACCCAAACCCCUGUGGUUAUCCCGGUUACCCUUACCCAGGAGGCAAUGCUUAUCCUGGCACAGGCGGUCCAGCGCAUUACACUUCCCAGACUCCUGUCACUACUGUGGGUCCAAGUCGUGAUGGUACCAUCGGUGAGGACACUAUCCGAGCAUCGCUGAUCUCAGCCGUGAGUGAUAAACUGCGCUGGAGAAUGAAGGAGGAGAUGGACAGAGCACAAGCCGAGCUGGACGCCCUGAAGAGGACUGAGGAAGACCUGAAGAAAGGACACCAGAAGCUGGAAGACAUGGUGUCCCGCCUGGACCAGGAAGUGGCUGAGGUGGACAGAAACAUCGAGCUCCUCAAGAAGAAGGACGAGGAACUGAGCGAAGCUCUGGAGAAGAUGGAGAACCAGUCGGAAAACAAUGACAUUGACGACGUGAUCAUCCCAACAGCCCCGCUCUACAAACAGAUCCUGAACCUGUACGCAGAGGAGAACGCUAUAGAGGACACCAUCUUUUACCUGGGAGAAGCCCUUCGUAGAGGAGUCAUCGACCUGGAGGUCUUCCUCAAGCAUGUGCGUCUGCUGUCCCGAAAACAGUUCCAGCUGCGAGCGCUCAUGCAGAAAGCGCGAAAGACGGCCGGACUCAGUGACCUUUACUGACCCUGCGCUCCAGCUCUGAUCACCUGAGCCAGACUCGGAUCUAAUCGCUCUGUGGUAUGUCAGUGGGAGUUCAGCUGUUAAAGAUAUUUCACUUCUGUGAGAGUUUUAGCUACUGUAACCGGCUGAUUUUAUUUUCUUGAUUUGGAAAAGGCAAAAUGCAAAUCGGGUACAAUAUUUGAAAACUAGAUCUGAGCAUUAGACUUAGACUUUAUGUUUCUUCUUUCAUUUGAGCUUCUCUUGUUAAACUGGCAGGCGUUUGGGUCUUUGGCUUUAGAUACUACUGUUAUUAACCGUACAGAGUAAUAACUUUUAAAAUGUGGCGUCUGCAGGAAGUGCAUGAGGAAAUUGCUCUCAAAUGUGGAUAGCAAAUCCUGUUUUCAUUCAGGCACUGUUUCAAAGUGUUGUCAUACUCCUAUAACUGUGUGAAUCUCACAGAAAAAUUCACCUUAAAAUACAUAUAUUUUCUGUAUAAAUUUAGGACUAUUAAGAUUUUUUUUAUAUUGUGUAAAAUCUUAAGUACAUUUAGGUAAAAAUUUGGAAACAAAUUAAGUACAUUUAGUCUACAAAUUUCACAUUUAAGUAAUAAGAAAAAAGUCAGUACUGUAAUGCAGUAAUAAAAAUAAUCCAGUCCUAACAUUUUGGAUAUUUAAAAGUAUAAUAAUAAUAAUAACAGCAGCAUAAAUUAAAUUCAGUAAAACAAAUCAGAUAUUUAAAAUUUAUUUUAUAGUUUACAUUUUUUUUUUCUGUUUACAAUGAGAACUUGAGGGAAAAUGUGCUUUGUCACAAUGCAAAAAAAGUUUUCUUUAUGAAACAUAUUACUUAUUAUUCCAUCCUUUCAUUUUGGGGUGAAAUAUGACAUUUCUUGACAGUUUCUGUGAGAUUCACCCAGCGAUGACUUAUGGCUCCAUAUUUCAACUUUAUUUCAUUUAUUUUGCUGAAUUUAUUAUUUAUCUCAAUGCAUUUGGGAACUAUCUGCUGUUCCAGAUUUAUUGUAAUGUCGUUACAACUGUAUAUCAUUUCACUGUACGCAAAGUUUGGUUUGUGACUAAUAAUGUUUGAAAACUGAAAAGCUGAUGCACUGUAAAUUUUUUGCAAAUGUUUAAAAAAAAAAAAAAAAAAAACAAUUCUUACCUGUUGCAUUUCAGUCAGUUGUCUUAAUGCACUUUUUGGAUGUGAAUUAGUUUUUUAAGAUUUAAGUUGAAUUUCUUAGUGAGACUUUACCCCCUUGUCUGCUAAUAUGUGUUCCUAUUUGUACCAGGCUGUAGAUUAUGAUGUUGGGCGGAUCAAUAAAAGAACAUGAUCUUAAAUCAUGAUUUGUGAAUGUUCA